GGUUAGGAUAAGGGUUGGGGUUAGGUUACGGACGUCCUAAGCAUACCGUAUAGCAUUAACCAUUAUUGUCACGAAGAGGAUCAACUGUCAAUUGGGCUGGAGGUUCUGUAAGACCCGCCCUAUGUGCUCGACUGUUUGUAUGUGCGUUUAUAUAUAUAACAGUGCAGGUCUGGCAUACCAACUCUGGUGUCCACACUUUGACGAGACAGAGGGAGGAAGGAAGGAUACACAGUGUGACACGCGAAGCCAUCUCCCACCAUCCUCGGUUGAUAUUUGCCUUUCGGAUCUACAGUCGCACAAUAGAAAAUACGCAUUUACCAAGAUGCCCAAGCCACUGACAGACCAGGAUAAGAGGAAGCAGAUAUCGGUGCGGGGGCUUGCAGGAGUGGAAAAUGUUUCAGACCUUAAGACCAAUUUUAAUCGCCAUCUCCACUUUACUCUGGUAAAGGACCGAAAUGUGGCGACCAAACGGGACUACUACUUCGCCUUGGCCAACACUGUCCGCGACCAUCUGGUGGGCAGAUGGAUCAGGACGCAGCAGCACUACUAUGAGAAAGACCCCAAACGUGUGUAUUACCUGUCCCUUGAGUUCUACAUGGGGCGCACCCUGCAGAAUACAAUGGUGAACCUGGCUCUGGAGAACGCAUGCGACGAGGCUACCUAUCAGUUGGGCCUGGACAUGGAGGAGCUGCAGGACAUUGAGGAAGAUGCCGGCCUGGGAAAUGGUGGCCUUGGACGGCUCGCCGCCUGCUUCCUAGAUUCCAUGGCGUCUCUGGGACUGGCAGCUUACGGCUACGGCAUCCGCUAUGAGUUCGGCAUCUUCAACCAGAAAAUUGUGAAUGGCUGGCAGGUAGAGGAGGCUGACGAUUGGCUGCGCUACGGCAACCCCUGGGAGAAGGCCCGCCCUGAGUACAUGCGACCCGUCCACUUCUACGGCAGAGUGGAGCACACCCCCGAGGGUGUGAAAUGGGUCGACACACAGGUAGUGUUGGCCCUUCCUUAUGACACCCCAGUCCCUGGCUACAGGAACAACGUUGUGAACACCAUGAGACUGUGGUCUGCCAAGGCCCCCUGUGAUUUCAACCUGAAAGACUUCAAUGUGGGUGGCUAUAUUCAAGCUGUGCUGGACAGAAACUUGGCUGAGAACAUCUCCCGUGUUCUGUACCCCAAUGACAACUUCUUCGAGGGGAAGGAGCUUCGUCUGAAGCAGGAGUACUUUGUGGUGGCGGCCACUCUGCAGGACAUCGUCCGUCGCUUCAAGUCCUCCAAGUUCGGCUCCACUGAGGUUGUGCGCGUUGACCUGUCCACCCUACCUGACAAGGUGGCCAUCCAGCUGAACGACACCCACCCUGCCAUGGCCAUCCCUGAGCUGAUGAGGAUCUUGUUGGACACGGAGCACCAGAAAUGGGAGAAGGCCUGGGACAUCUGCACACGUACCUGUGCCUACACCAACCACACCGUCCUGCCUGAGGCUCUGGAGCGCUGGCCCACAGACCUGCUCCAGAACCUUCUGCCCAGACACCUGGAGAUCAUCUACGAGAUCAACCGACGUCACCUGGAGAGCAUCGCUAAGCUCUACCCCGGGGACCAUGAUCGUCUGCGCCGCAUGUCCCUAGUGGAGGAGGGCGACCAGAAGAAGAUCAACAUGGCCCACCUGUGCAUCGUGGGCUCCCACGCCGUCAACGGAGUGGCCCGCAUCCACUCGGACAUCCUCAAAGCAACUCUGUUCAAGGACUUCUACGAGGUGGACCCCCACAAGUUCCAGAACAAGACCAACGGGAUCACGCCCCGACGCUGGCUGGUCAUGUGCAACCCUGGGCUGGCUGAAGUCAUUGCAGAGAGGAUCGGUGAGGAUUACAUCCGCGAUCUGGACCAACUGAAGAAGUUGCUGGCGUUUGUGGAUGACGACUCUUUGAUUCAUGACAUCGCCAAGGUCAAACAGGAGAACAAGCUUAAGUUUUCUGCCUAUCUCGAGGAGCACUACAAGGUGAAGAUCAACCCCAACUCCAUGUUCGACGUUCAAGUCAAGAGGAUCCACGAGUACAAGAGGCAGCUGCUCAACUGCCUGCACAUCAUCACUCUCUACAACCGCAUCCAGAAGGAGCCCAACAAGAAUUGGACCCCCAGGACUAUCAUGAUUGGAGGAAAGGCUGCUCCUGGGUACCACACGGCAAAGCUGAUCAUUAGGCUGAUCACUGCCAUCGGAGAGAUUGUCAACCACGACACUGUGGUGGGAGACCGCCUCAAAGUCAUCUUCCUGGAGAACUACAAGGUCACUCUGGCAGAGAAAAUCAUCCCUGCGUCCGACCUGUCUGAGCAGAUCUCCACAGCUGGCACUGAGGCGUCUGGCACUGGCAACAUGAAGUUCAUGCUGAACGGAGCGCUCACCAUUGGCACCAUGGACGGAGCCAACGUAGAGAUGGCCGAGGAGGCCGGAGAAGAGAACCUCUUCAUCUUCGGCAUGAGGGUGGACGACGUGGACGCCAUGGACAAGAGUGGAUAUGAUGCCAUGGACUACUACAACCGCAUUCCUGAGCUGAAGCAGGCCAUGGACCAGAUCGCUGGUGGAUUCUUUAGCCCCGACCAGCACGACCUCUUCAAGGACAUUGUCAACAUGCUGCUGCACCAUGACAGAUUCAAGGUGUUCGCUGACUACGAAGCUUACAUCAAAUGCCAAGAGAAAGUCAGUGCUCUCUACAAGAACCCUAAAGAAUGGACCAAGAUGGUGAUCCACAACAUUGCUGGUUGUGGUAAAUUCUCUAGCGACCGCACUAUCUCCCAGUACGCCCGGGAGAUCUGGGGCAUGGAGCCCAGCCUGGAAAGGAUCCCUGCCCCAGACGAUCCUCGCCAACGCAUCGCUAAGCUCUACCCCGGGGACCAUGAUCGUCUGCGCCGCAUGUCCCUAGUGGAGGAGGGCGACCAGAAGAAGAUCAACAUGGCCCACCUGUGCAUCGUGGGCUCCCACGCCGUCAACGGAGUGGCCCGCAUCCACUCGGACAUCCUCAAAGCAACUCUGUUCAAGGACUUCUACGAGGUGGACCCCCACAAGUUCCAGAACAAGACCAACGGGAUCACGCGACGCUGGCUGGUCAUGUGCAACCCUGGGCUGGCUGAAGUCAUUGCAGAGAGGAUCGGUGAGGAUUACAUCCGCGAUCUGGACCAACUGAAGAAGUUGCUGGCGUUUGUGGAUGACGACUCUUUGAUUCAUGACAUCGCCAAGGUCAAACAGGAGAACAAGCUUAAGUUUUCUGCCUAUCUCGAGGAGCACUACAAGGUGAAGAUCAACCCCAACUCCAUGUUCGACGUUCAAGUCAAGAGGAUCCACGAGUACAAGAGGCAGCUGCUCAACUGCCUGCACAUCAUCACUCUCUACAACCGCAUCCAGAAGGAGCCCAACAAGAAUUGGACCCCUAGGACUAUCAUGAUUGGAGGAAAGGCUGCUCCUGGGUACCACACGGCAAAGCUGAUCAUUAGGCUGAUCACUGCCAUCGGAGAGAUUGUCAACCACGACACUGUGGUGGGAGACCGCCUCAAAGUCAUCUUCCUGGAGAACUACAAGGUCACUCUGGCAGAGAAAAUCAUCCCUGCGUCCGACCUGUCUGAGCAGAUCUCCACAGCUGGCACUGAGGCGUCUGGCACUGGCAACAUGAAGUUCAUGCUGAACGGAGCGCUCACCAUUGGCACCAUGGACGGAGCCAACGUAGAGAUGGCCGAGGAGGCCGGAGAAGAGAACCUCUUCAUCUUCGGCAUGAGGGUGGACGACGUGGACGCCAUGGACAAGAGGGGAUAUGAUGCCAUGGACUACUACAACCGCAUUCCUGAGCUGAAGCAGGCCAUGGACCAGAUCGCUGGUGGAUUCUUUAGCCCCGACCAGCACGACCUCUUCAAGGACAUUGUCAACAUGCUGCUGCACCAUGACAGAUUCAAGGUGUUCGCUGACUACGAAGCUUACAUCAAAUGCCAAGAGAAAGUCAGUGCUCUCUACAAGAACCCUAAAGAAUGGACCAAGAUGGUGAUCCACAACAUUGCUGGUUGUGGUAAAUUCUCUAGCGACCGCACUAUCUCCCAGUACGCCCGGGAGAUCUGGGGCAUGGAGCCCAGCCUGGAAAGGAUCCCUGCCCCAGACGAUCCUCGCCAAUAAACCCCAGGCCUAAAACCAACCUCUGGUUUUUCCACAGCACCGGCUUCUGGUUUUGCCUCUGGCUGUUCCACAAAAACCAUUUUAACUUGAGAAAUGGUUUAGAAACCUGAAAGCUCCCUGUAACUAGUACAUUUUCAUUGUGUCAUUUCAUUGUGGUCAGUAUUAGUUGAUGAUUGACUAUACAUGUAGCAAUCCCUGUCCGGCUACGUGAUGGCCAAUAACCUGAUACCACUUUCAACCUCGACAUUCAGCAUUCAUUUUCUCAAUGGGCUAAUACAAAUCAGCAUUCACCUUCUCAAUGGGCUAAUACAAAAUCAGCAUUCACCUUCUCAAUGGGCUAAUACAAAAUCAGCAUUCACCUUCUCAAUGGGCUAAUACAAAAUCAGCAUUCACCUUCUCAAUUGGCUAAUACAAAAUCAGCAUUCAUCUUCUCAAUGGGCUAAUUCAAAAUCAGCAUUCACCUUCUCAAUGGGCUAAUUCAAAAUCAGCAUUCACCUUCUCAAUGGGCUAAUUCAAAAUCAGCAUUCACCGUCUCAAUGGGCUAAUUCAAAAUCAGCAUUCACCUUCUCACAUGCACCAGCAAUGCAUAGUCAACUGGCUUGUGCAACAUGAAUAACAUCAAUAACACUGUUCACCAUCAUUUAAGCUAACAUGGUUAGAGAAUACACCCUUUAACAGUCAGUGGGGCCAACAAGUAACUGGAAACCUCACCACUGUCUAAUGGUACCAAAACCAUGUCUUCCAAGAAUGAGACAUGGUGGGACAUAGAGACGUAUCAAAAUAAGCACGUUCUUCUCACAUAGACACUGUGAUUCUACACUACUGGUUCGGCCUGCCAAGGACCACCUCUUUAUUCAUAUCUGCACCGAAUAAUCACUCAAGUUGAAGGGACUUGGUUAACAUGCGUGAUCCUUGAUGUUAUAAAACUGUUUGCUCAAUGUAUGUCUGUAUGUCAAAUGUAGUAAUUUGUGCGUGUUAUUAAUGCUUGUGUUUUGGGUAGCCCACACACAAUCCUUAUUGCUGAAAUACUUUCUGCUAUAAGCUGUGUUUUGUUUAGAAUGAUCCCAUCAGUAUAUCCUCAAAACGUUGUUCCAGUGUUGGAAAAUUAUCCUUCAUAUAGUGCAACAAACUAAGCCUUCUCUCCUCCACCUUAUCUGCCUAAUACCUCUCUGAGUGACUAUAAUGCUGCCUUAACUAAGCUGUGUCUGUAGUUGUUCAGCCUAAAGUGACCCCUCACUGUUAAGCUGCAAGUAUUUUUUGAUGUUCAGAUAAAUAACAAUUUCUGCUACAGUAGUAUUUCUCACUGUUUGGAAGUCUUGGACUUAGUGUUAACUACUGAAUCACUAGUAAUUGAGUGUGUCGGGUUGAUAAAGAUUGCACAACGUCCAGUAGUUUUCUUCCAUUAGAGAGACUCUAAGCACUUAAAGCUUCAAACUCUGCAUUCUCUUGUCAAUGUGAAACAACAGUCAAUAAAGGAGACAAAGUUACAACACUUGUGUGAUAUUUUGUUACUUUCCAAAAUGGCUACAUUCACUCAUCUUGUAUGUCGAGAUGGUUUUGUUUCUACCAAUCAAAACUGAGCAAAUUUCCACGCGAAAUGUUUUAAAGAUCGUAUGACGUAGCUUCCGCAGGUCAGGACUAUAAAGUCUCAAACAAUGCCAACGCAAAAUACACGCAACAAACUCACAAACAAGCUAGCCUUAUAAACGGAGCCUGUUGAUGCGGUUGAAUCAUGUCUGGCCUUCUGCGCGGAAUGCUGAAAGUACGGUCAACUGUGGCUUCGAGGACACGUGCAAUCAACCAACGAGCAAAGUUAUCCAGUAAACCCCCUAAAGACAAAAUCGGCGCUGCAGAAACCGCUUUCGUCAUGACUAUUUUUGCGGUGGCCAUAUUUGGACCAUCCGGUUGGAUCCUCGCCAAUGUUCAGAACUACCAGAAGCGCUGAACUGUUUCUCGACCACGGUUCUUGGAUCAUAAGUCAACUGCUGCAUUCCUUUUUCUGGCCUAUGAUGCUUGAACUGAAGUCACAAAAUUACCUUUUGACAUUUUAUCUCAAUAAAAACACGUAAUCUAG